AUGGCUUCUGUUCUUAUAACCGGUGCCAAUAGAGGAAUUGGUUUUGAAUUAGUUAAACAUAUAUUAAAAGAAAAUGGACCGUUGAAAACAAUAAUAGCUACUUACAGAAAUCUAGAAAGUUCUUCGGAAUUGUUAGAAUUGAAAAAAAAACAUAAUAAUCUUCACGUAUUGAAAUUGGAUGUUUCCGAUUUGAAUUCAUUUCAAAGUUUCGCUCAGGAAGUCGAAUCUAUUGUUAAAGAAAAUGGUUUAAACGUAUUAAUUAAUAAUGCCGGAGUUAUAACGGAUAGUAAAUAUGAAGAUUUUAAAAAUAUAACUCAUCAAGAAUAUCUUAGAGUAUUUACAACAAAUGUUUUCGCACCGAUUUUUCUAUGUCAGACUUUUUUACCGCUUUUAAAAAUGGCGGCGAAAAAAAAUUCCGACAAACCGCAAGGUAUAACUCGUUGUGUCGUAAUCAACGUGAGUUCUUUAUUAGGUUCCCUAACUGAUAAUGUCGGUGGAAAAUUCUGGGCGUAUCGCGAGAGUAAAACGGCAUUAAAUAUGUUUUCGAAAAAUUUGGCUAAAGAAUUAUCAUCCGAUGGAAUUGUCGUGAUUGCUUUACAUCCGGGUCACGUGAGAACAAACAUGGGCGGUCCUUCCGGUAAAAUAAGCACGGAAGAAUCCGUUUCCGGUAUAUAUAAAGUCAUGUUAUCGUUAAACGAAAGUAAAACGGAUAAAUUUUUACAAUGGGAUGGUAAAGAAUUACCUUGGUGA